AUGUUUUUACUAUUUAAUAGCACAAAUUUUCCUGAGCCGACCAGACCCCCACAUUUCACAUUCAGAGAGGAUAUUCCGCUCAUCAAUCAGAUCGCUGGAGUCCACAGACUUCUGAAAGCCCCACACAAGCUCGAUGACUGUGCUUUAGAGUUGUCUCAUAACGGCAGUUAUCUGGACUUGGAGUCCACCUUGGCUGAGCAGAGAGAUGAACUUGAAGGCUUUCAGGAGGAUGGAGGGAGAGGAAAAAAGCACAGUAUUAUCCUGAGAACACAGCUGUCUGUCAGAGUCCAUGCCAGCAUAGAAAAGCUCUACAAUUCGACUGGACGUGAGCUGCGAAGAGCGCUGUUCUCUCUCAAGCAAAUCUUUCAGGAUGAUAAAGAUCUGGUGCAUGAGUUUGUGAUGGCUGAAGGACUCACAUGUCUUAUUAAAGUGGGAGCUGAGGCUGACCAAAACUACCAGAACUACAUCCUCAGAGCUCUUGGACAAAUCAUGCUGUAUGUGGAUGGAAUGAAUGGGCUUAUUGGACACAAUGAAACUGUACAGUGGCUUUACACACUGGUCGGAUCAAAGUUCCGGUUGGUUGUUAAAACUGCUCUGAAGCUGCUGCUGGUUUUUGUGGAAUACACUGAGACCAACGCACCUCUCCUCAUCCAGGCCGUCAACACCGUGGACACCAAGCAAGGCUGUAAACCCUGGUCUAAUGCCAUGGAAAUCUUGGAUGAAAAAGAUGGAAUGGACACUGAGCUGCUGGUUUAUGCCAUGACCCUUAUCAACAAGACAUUAGCUGGUCUUCCUGACCAGGACACGUUCUAUGAUGUGGUUGACAGUCUGGAGGAGCAGGGCAUGGAGGCCGUGGCCCAGAGACACAUCAACAGGAAGGGCACAGAUUUGGACCUAGUGGAACAGUUCAACAUCUAUGAGUCAACCCUACGUCAUGAAGACGGUGAUGAUGAGACUCAGCGUCCUCCAUCCGGACACAAAAGUCGGCGUCGGGCCAGCGUAGGAGCCACACCUGAGAGGCGGGGUUUGGAACGUCGCCGCAGCCGAAGACAUUCACUCCAAAACGGGAAAGGCCACACCUCUGCUCCUUCUUCCCCCUGUCACAGCCACAUGCCCAACAUCCUGCCCCUCAAUGGCCAGAGAAUAGACGAUAUCAGCGAAAGAGAGGAGGAAGAGGAGGAAAAGGAUGAGGAGAUUCAGAAAACAGAGCUUUCUAGACAGGCAUCCGAAAGCUGGAUGCCAUCAACAGUAGAUGAAGCUUCUAGCUUGUGUUUGCCUUUAAAGUGCAUGGUCAACUUCAUUCCUAAUGCCACUGAUACAGACAAUGAGGAAAACCUCCGGGACAGUCUGUCAGAUGUUAGAUACUCAAACACCUCAUGCAGUUCAUGUGGCAGCAAUGGCUACGCAGGGACAUAUCCCGGCAGGUCAUCCGGGGUGUCCAGUGCCCCCUCCACACCAUACAACCGCUUCGGACCCUCAGUAGGUCCACCUGCAGACAGUAAGCCCGACAGGCCUACUCUAGGAGGAUUGUUAACCUCCUCCUACAGGCAACAUCAGGAGUCUCUGAAUGCUGAACGUGAGCGGAGGCGCCUGGAGAGAGAGGAGAGACUUCAGCGCAUUGAAAGAGAAGAGAGAAACCGUUUCAAUCGGGAUUAUGUGGACAAGAGAGAAGAGGUCAAACAAGCUCGAGAAGAAAGAUAUAAGCAAUUGGAGCGGCUGGCAGCAGAGGAAAAUGAAAGGGAACAGCCAAGGACGACACGGGGGCGAACAGAAAUCACCCUCAGCCUGACUUCACGAACCUCCAGCAGCUCCUUGUCUCGUUCUUCCACCCCUUUGACUGUAGAGGCUCAAGAGGAUAAACAUUCUGUCCCAGAUCCAGCACGAGGAACUGAGUCUGAAACAAGCCAUCCCGUGCAGGCAGCAGUUGCGUGGCCUUCCUCAGAGCCUCCCUCGGCCUCAGUGUCUGCGCUGGUCUCACCCUCCAAACCAGAGGAACAGAGACCUGUGGAACCAUCAGACAUCACGCUCUCUCUGUCUCCAACAAACUCUGAGCCGGAGAGACCUGAGACAGAGGAGAAAGCAGAGGAAGCUGAAGCCGAAGAGUGUGAAGAACUGGUAGUGAGUGGAAUGAAAGAGGAAAAGAAAGAAGAAGCAGAAGGAAACUUUGAGGAAGAGACUAAUGAAAUGGGUACAGAGGAGUGUGUGAGAGAGCAGAUGUUAGAGAGGGAUGUAGAAGAGAGUGCCGUCCUGAGUGAGAAAGAGAGGCAAAAUGAGGAACUGAAUGAGAAAGAUAACUGCUCUGCCUCCAGCAUCUCCUCAGCCAGCAGCACUCUGGAGAGAGAAGAACGAGAGGAGAAACACGUCAGUGACAGUGACUCAGGCCAGUGGGCAGACUGUAUGAAUACAGCGGAUGUGAACGAUCAGUGCAACAAAGUUCUUAACAGCAAACGCUUCAUGCUGGACAUGCUUUAUGCUCAAAACAAGAAGGCAGAAGAAGAUGAGAAAGAAAAGGAGAAUGAGAACAAGUGUUCAGGUCAAGAUUCCACUGUGACCAGCCUUGCUUGUCGCAUCUCCACUCUGGAGGCGCAACGGGAAGCUUGUGACGACAACAUGAAGAAACUGGAAGUGGAGCAUCUGGAUAACCAGGGUAGUGUACGGGCUGUGGCUGAGAAAUUUGGAGAUUUGGUGAAAGGACUGGUAUCGCCUCAUGAGGUGGAGCAUUCUGGGAAGGAAAAGCAGCGAGCACAGGGAAAACCGGCUCCUUCACCAACACCCCCUAAAAAGGAGUCAGACCACAUAUGGGACCAGCUGAUGGCCACACCACGGGAGCUACGUAUCAAAGAGCUGGACUUCACGGACUUGGGAGAGGAGGAUGAUGUAGACAUUUUGGAUGUUGGUAAUGUGAUCGGGUCAAGUGACCUCACGCCACCUCCGCCCCCGCCCCCCUGCUUGCCCAGCCUUCCACCCCCGCCACCUUUAUUUGGAUGCCCUCCACCUCCCCCUAUCCCUGGCAUGAUGAUGCCCCCUCCACCGCCUUUUUUGGCUUCAGUACAUCCCCCACAUCUCGGAUCUCCUCAGCUUAGUCGAGGAGAGCCCCCACUCUUCCAGAAGAAGAAGAAGACCAUCCGGCUGUUUUGGAAUGAGGUCAGACCUAUAGACUGGCAGUACAGCAACCACAAGAGAUGCAGGGAGUCACUGUGGUCCAAACUUGAUCCGGUCAAACUGGACACAGCCAAAUUGGAAAACCUCUUUGAGACGAAAUCCAAGGAGCUCCCAGUUACAAAGAAAACAGCAGCAGAUGGGAAGCGUCAGGAGAUCAUCAUUCUGGAUUCCAAAAGAAGUAAUGCCAUCAACAUUGGCCUGACGGUCCUGCCGCCUCCUCGCACCAUCAAAACAGCCAUCCUCAACUUUGACGAGUACGCCUUGAGCAAAGAGGGCAUAGAGAAAAUCCUGACAAUGAUUCCUACGGAGGAGGAGACGCGGAAGAUUCAGGAGGCCCAGCUGGCGAACCCUGACACUCCGCUGGGCAGCGCAGAGCAGUUCCUCCUCAUUCUGUCCUCCAUCAGUGAGCUGUCCGCCCGCUUGCAGCUUUGGGCCUUUAAGAUGGACUAUGACACUUUAGAGAAGGAAGUAGCAGAGCCACUACAGGACCUGAAGGAGGGCAUGGACCAAUUAGAAAAGAAUAAGACGCUGCGCUGCAUCCUUUCAACUCUGCUAGCUAUUGGCAACUUUCUCAAUGGGACCAAUGCUAAAGGCUUUGAGCUGAGUUACCUAGAGAAAGUUCCUGAGGUGAAGGACACCGUUCACAAACAGUCUCUACUGCAUCACGUCUGCUCCAUCGUCGUGGAGAAGUUUCCAGAGAGUUCAGACCUCUACUCUGAGAUUGGAGCCAUCACUCGCUCUGCUAAGGUUGAAUUCGACCAGCUGCAGGAAAACCUAUGUCAGAUGGAGCGCCGCUGCAAAGCAUCCUGGGACCACCUGAAGGUCAUCGCUAAACACGAAAUGAAACCAGCCCUUAAGCAGCGCAUGUCAGACUUCCUUAAAGACUGUGCAGAGAGAAUUAUCAUCCUUAAAAUUGUGCAUCGCCGCAUCAUAAAUAGGUUUCACUCAUUCCUGCUGUUCCUGGGCCACCCACCAUAUGCGAUACGAGAGGUGAGCAUCCACCGCUUCAGUAAGAUUCUGAGUGAAUUUGCACUUGAGUACCGCACCACCCGAGAGCGAGUGCUGCAGCAGAAACAGAAACGAGCCAAUCACCGCGAGAGGAACAAGACCCGGGGCAAAAUGAUCACAGAGAGUGGGAAGUUUGCAGGAACUCCUCUGGAGGGUCAGGAGAGUCAGCCGCAGGGUUUGGGCUACACGGAGGACGCAGCUGAACAUGAGCAGAUGACUGCAGUACUUCGCACCAGCCUGCAGGGCGGCGACAGUCCAUCCUCUGUACUCCCCGGCCUCCGCACACGGACUCGAGCCACUCGAGGCCAUAUGGCACUUUUGUCUGCUGCAAAUGAAGACACUUCUAAUUGCACAAAUGAUACAGCGGAUGAGAUCAUGGAACGCAUUGUGAAAUCAGCCACUCAGGGCCCCAGUCAGCGCACACAGCCCCGCGAGAGGAGACGCUCCAGAGCCAACCGCAAAUCCUUAAGAAGAACACUGAAGAACGGCCUUACGCCAGAGGAGGCGCAGGCGCUGGGAUUGGCCAGCAGCUCUGAGAUGCAAGUGUGAGACAGCAUCCGCUCAGGGUCUCGGCACACACACAUCUAAACACUAAUGUGCUGGAACAGGUCACUUUAGUUCGAGUUUGCGUUCAUCUGGAGCAGGUGCAUGUUUCUGGGUUUGUGUUUUACGACGGUUAUUGCUGUGGACUAUUUGUAUUCUCACAGGUGAAAGGGAUUAUAAUCACUAACCCAUUAUACUUUACUUAUCCUGGGAUGUGUAGUCAGACCUUACUCCAUUUACUAGCUUAUGCAUUUUGUCCCAAGGUGGUCCGAGAGUAUCAUUGAAACCACUCAGGUGCAUGUUCACUGUUCCUGCGGACUAUUAAUGAGAUCCCAAACAUCCAUUUUAAUGCAUUUUUGAAAGAACAAGCACAGUUGCAGUGCAACUUCCUGAUGCACAUCAUUUAUAGACACUCACACACAGCCUGCAGAAUAUUGAUUGUCCAGUUCUCCAGUACAGAGACUAAUGUCCGUCUCUUACCACUGCGGCCUUCAGAAUGAUCCCAAAAAACUGUGUUUGAAGUUGACUGGAUGCCCUCUCACCAUUUUUGUUUGUACUGGCUGUUUGGUUGAAUUCAGGUGGCAUUGAUAGUAGCACCUUCAGCAUUCAUAUCUCAUGUAAAUCAUCAGCGAUUCUUCUCUGGUUCACUGAUGUGGUAAAACGUGUUAGUUUUACCUGCUUUUAAAAAAAGCAGGGCUUCUUAUGUUACAUGUCCAAUUACUUUCAGAUAGCUUGAAGCUGAGCAAGAGUUAAGGUUCUUUAAUUUCUGCUGAAGUCUCCUUGUGUGAUCGAAACCUGCUUAACAUUGUUUAACGGAUGAUCAAAUUACUUUGCACACAAAUGCAAACUAACUAGAAAGUCGUCUUUCUCUUUCCCCUCCAGCGCUGUCAUUUCCUCAUACGUUAUCUCUAUAGUAAUACAUUCAUUGCAUAACUUGCAGCAUGCACAAGUAGGCAAUCAUCUAUUUAAAUGUAAGGACUUCUAGCCAUAUUUGGUUAAAAAAAAUGAUGGCAUUAUAAAAAUGAGUGCCUUGAAGAAAUGUUUUUUUGUAAGAAUUUGAUUAUUUGGUUAGGAAAGGAAGGCAGAGGGAAAGAUUUUAGGGCAUUUUAAAGGAUUUAUAGUUGACACAAAAAUGUACAAUUCUGUUAUUAUAUUAUUAUUCUAAACUAACCUGGAUAUAAAUUGGAUAUUUUGAUCAAGUUGUGAGUUAAAAGUUAUCAUUCUAGUGAUCAGUGAAUAGAAACUUGUUCUGUUUGUCACAGAACAUUAUAUUAUGACUUCAAAUUAUAGCCCACAAGUCAUAUGCACUACUUGUUUUGUUGCUUUUUCUUAACAAUAGGUCAAAGUCCAUAUAUGUAUGGAAAAGAGCUGCAUAACGAUUCUUCAAAAUAUUGAACAUUUAUACAGACCCACAACAGUCAUAUUGGUUUGGAGAGAGUAAAUUACCGAAUGUUACGAAGGUGUAGUGAUUAAACAGUCAAUGCAACCUUUUCAUUUUUUUUUUCACUGCGAUAAAUUUGAUCAAUCAGCUUUUU